AGGUUGAUAAUUUCUGUUGCUGCUGAAUUUCCCCUCCUCCUCUCCCCCCCACCCUUGUGUUUUGUGCGCAUUUCCCUGGCUCGCUUUGAGUGAAUGAACUGGCGAUUUGCGAAGUUGCAAAGAGCCCCUCCGCCCCCUUUUUUGCAUCCUUCUCUCUCCCCUUUGCACUGCUCCGCAGAUGACAAAAGGAGUAAACUUCCUCUACUUUUGCUGGCAUAUUAAGAGGGCUUUCUGGAGAGAUUACGGUAUCAAAGCCUUGCAUCUGUCUACAGUUACUCCGCUGUUUUGAGCGUUUGAAGCAGUUUGGGGAGAGCGGGCGAGUGCUAUGUGCAAAAGCACAGAGGUGCUUUGCAUCCUUGCUGUACCUUGCCGGCUGGUUUUGUGUCCUCACGGAGAGCUGAGGAAGGCGGAAGGCUUUGCAUGUGGGAGAACUACCUGAUCGCUGGGCUUUGAAUAUCUUGAGUCGGGAGGAAAGGUGUGUGAGAUGCAUUUUUUCUCAACUUGCAAAAGGCUCCCUCUUUCUUGCUGUUGAUGAUGGGAUUGAUUUUUUUUUCUCCUUCGGUAAAGAGGAAGGGAGUCACAUUCGUGUCUGUUUGUUUCUUCGUGGUUUAAUUGUGGGUUUUGUUUUUUUUUUAUUUUUGGUUUAGUUUUAGGUCUUGGGAGAACGUCUCUUCUUCCCCUUGGUGGAAAUACCCAUAAAACCUGUCUCUAAAACCAUUGCCCGACGCAGGGAUCAGCAAGAAGAGACCCGUAAUGCCAGGAAUGGUCAGUAAAAACCCAGACCUCGAGUUCGACUCUUUGCAGCCCUGUUUCUACCCGGACGAAGAUGAUUUUUAUUUGUGCGGGCCGGACUCCGCUCCCCCCGGGGAGGACAUCUGGAAAAAGUUUGAGCUGCUGCCCACCCCUCCUCUGUCUCCCAGCCGGGCCGGGCUCCAGGAGCACCCCCCGGGGGGGGGCCCGGUGCCGUGGGGAGGAGCGGCCCUGGGGGGCUGCCGCCCCGCCGACCCCCUGGACUGGGCGUCCGAGCUGCUCCUGCUGCCCCCCGAGGCCGACCUGUGGGGCGGCUCGGACGGAGGGGACUUCUUCGAGACGGGCCUCGGCGUGACCAACAACCUCAACUCCAUCAUCAUCCAGGACUGCAUGUGGAGCGGCUUCUCCGCCCGCGAGAAGCUGGAGCGGGCCGUCAGCGAGAAGCUGCAGGGCAAGGCGCCCACCGCCCCCGCCCCGCCGCCGCCCCAGGGGGCCGCCGCCGCGGGCAGCCCGGCCGCCGCCAGCGGCCGCACGGAGCUGGGCAGCGCCGUGCCCGAGUGCGUGGACCCGGCCGUGGUCUUCCCCUUCCCCGUCAACAAGCGGGAAACGGCGGGGGGCCGCGCCGGGGCGGCGGCGAGCGGCGAGGCUCCGCGGGGCGGCCGCCUGCAGCGCCCUGCCGGGGACAGCCGGGCCAGCAGCAGCUCCGGGGACGACACCCUCAGCGACUCGGAUGAUGAAGAUGAGGAGGAAGAGGAUGAAGAAGAAGAAAUAGAUGUUGUGACAGUGGAGAAAAGACGCUCCUCCUCCAACAAGGCCGUUACCACCCUUACUAUUACAGUGCGUCCUAAAAAUACCACUUUUCCGUCAGUCAGGACACAGCAGAAUGAACUGAUUUUAAAGCGUUGCGCACCAAUUCACCAGCAGCAUAACUAUGCUGCUCCUUCUCCGUACAUGGAGAGUGAAGAUGCUCCACCACAGAAAAAGUUAAAAACCGAGGUGCCCCGUCCAGUAAAACCCACGAUCCAACCAAAGUCUAAGAGUUCAAGUCCUCGAAACUCUGAUUCAGAGGAUAGUGAACGUCGACGCAACCAUAAUAUCCUGGAGCGUCAACGGCGUAAUGAUCUGCGGUCAAGUUUCCUCACAUUAAGGGACCAUGUUCCAGAACUGGUUAAAAAUGAGAAAGCUGCAAAAGUUGUGAUCUUGAAAAAAGCCACUGAAUACGUUCAUUCCCUUCAGGCAGAGGAGCAGAAGUUAUUGCUAGAAAAGGAAAAAUUGCAAGCCAGACAACAACAAUUGCUAAAGAAAAUAGAAUACAAGCGGACUUGCUAAACUUUGUUUUGUUUUGUUUUGUUUUGGCUGACCAGGACAGUCAUUGCCAUUUUGCACAUUUUUGAUUCUUUAAAAAAAAUUGUGUUUUUUGACGUUAAGAAUGUUGGUUUUACUUUCAAUUCAGUCCCUGAAGUAAUUGACAAACUAUAUCAUCCGGGUACGGAGCAAAUGGAUGUUCUUGCAAGGAGUUUAUUGCAAGACUACCAAACAACAAUGGACUGCCUUUGUUUUAAUUCUUAAGAACUGUAGAUGGUGGGGAUUUUUUUUUUUUUAAAUUGUUGUGAGCAUUUGGAGCUGCUGAUGACAUCUAGUUGAGUUUUAAAACAUUCAUUCCUAAGUUUUAUGGUGCUUAUGUUCUAACAGAUGUUACUUUAGGGGUUGGCAUUUGUACCCCUGUGGGAAUUUUCUGUAAAUACCAUCUACACACUUGCCUUUUGUACAUGUCUUGGGUUAUGAGAGGUGGCUUUUGCUACCAGUAUUAGACUGGAAGUUCAUACCUAAGUACUGUAAUACCUCAAUGUUUGAGGAGCAUGUUUUUGUAUACAAAUAUAUUGUUAAUCUCUGUUAUGUACUGUACUAAUUCUUACAUUGCCUGUAUACUUUAGUAUGAUGCUGAUACAUAACUAAAUUUGAUACUUAUAUUUUCGUAUGAAAAUGAGUUGUGAAAGUUUUGAGUAGAUAUUACUUUAUCACUUUUUUGAACUAAGAAACUUUUGUAAAGAAAUUUACUAUAUAUGCCUUUUCCUAGCCUGUUUCUUCCAGUUAAUGUAUUUGUUAAUGUUUGGUGCAUAGAACUGGGUAACUGCAAAGUUCUGUGUUUAAUUUCUUCCAACGAUGUACAUUUAGUGCUGCGUCUUAUAGCACUUUGAAAUACCUCAUGUUUA